AUGGCGAGUACUAGUGGUGGUAGAGGUGGUGAAGAUGGUCGGCCGCCUCAAAUGCAGCCGGUUCGGUCUCUUUCUCGGAGGAUGACUCGAGCUGGGACCAUGAUGAUUGAUCAUCCUAACGAAGAUGAAAGUGCUAUUGACAGCGAGCUUGUUCCUUCUUCUCUUGCUUCCAUUGCUCCCAUUCUUCGUGUUGCUAAUGAUGUUGAAGAAGAUAACCCUAGGGUUGCUUACCUCUGUCGCUUCCACGCAUUUGAGAAGGCUCAUAGAAUGGAUCCAACAUCAAGUGGACGAGGCGUCCGUCAAUUUAAGACCUAUCUAUUGCACAAAUUAGAGAAGGAGGAAGAGACUACAGAACCUAUGUUGGCGAAGAGUGACCCGAGAGAAAUUCAGAUGUACUAUCAGAAGUUUUAUGAGAAUAAUAUACAAGAUGGAGAAGGGAAAAAGACACCGGAGGAGAUGGCCAAGCUUUACCAGAUAGCGACCGUCUUGUAUGAUGUUUUAAAGACAGUGGUUCCUCAAGCAAGAAUAGAUGAACAGACCCGUAGGUAUGCUGAAGAAGUUGAAAGAAAGAAGGAACAAUAUGAGCACUACAACAUUCUUCCGCUUUAUGCUGUAGGGGCUAAAACCGCAGUGAUGGAACUUCCUGAGAUUAAGGCCGCAAUUCUGGCUGUCUGUAAUGUGGACAAUCUUCCUCGGCCAAGAUUUCAUUCAGGCUCGACCAACCUGGAUGAAGUGGAUAGAGAAAGUGGCAGAUCUUUUAAUGAUAUUCUCGAGUGGCUUGCUUUGGUUUUUGGUUUUCAGCGAGGAAAUGUAGCUAAUCAGAGGGAGCAUCUCAUACUGCUACUUGCCAACAUUGAUGUGAGAAAGAGGGAUCUCGAGAAUUAUGUCGAGUUGAAGCCUAGCACCGUGAGGAAGUUGAUGGAAAAGUAUUUCAAGAAUUAUAGGUCGUGGUGCAAGUAUUUGCGGUGUGAAUCUUAUCUGAGGUUCCCUCCAGGUUGCAAUGAGCAACAAUUGAGCCUUCUAUACAUUGGCUUGUAUCUUCUCAUAUGGGGUGAAGCAUCAAAUGUUCGCUUCAUGCCUGAAUGCCUUUGCUACAUUUUCCACAACAUGGCCAAUGAAGUCCAUGGAAUUCUAUUUGGCAAUGUGUACCCGGUAACUGGGGACACAUAUGAGGCAGGUGCACCAGACGAAGAAGCAUUCUUAAGGAAUGUUAUAACACCAAUCUACCAGGUCUUACGUAAGGAAGUCAGGAGAAACAAAAUGGGAAAGGCAAGCCACUCAAAAUGGAGAAACUACGAUGAUCUGAAUGAGUACUUUUGGGAUAAGAGGUGUUUUAGGCUGAAAUGGCCAAUGAACUUUAAGGCAGAUUUUUUCAUCCACACUGAUGAGAUCUCACCACUUCCGAAUCAGAGACAUGACCAAGUCACUCAUGGAAAAAGGAAACCCAAAACUAAUUUUGUUGAAGCUCGCACGUUUUGGAACCUCUAUCGAAGUUUCGACCGAAUGUGGAUGUUCCUUAUAUUGUCUCUACAGACUAUGAUAAUAGUUGCAUGGCACCCGUCAGGAUCUAUUCUUGCCAUUUUUUCUGAGGAUGUCUUUAGAAACGUAUUGACCAUCUUCAUCACUUCAGCUUUUCUUAAUCUUCUACAAGCGACACUGGAUUUGAUUCUUAGUUUUGGUGCUUGGAAGAGCCUAAAGUUUUCCCAAAUUAUGCGGUACAUCACAAAAUUUUUAAUGGCAGCCAUGUGGGCCAUCAUGUUGCCAAUUACUUACUCGAAGUCAGUCCAGAAUCCAACUGGACUAAUAAAGUUCUUCAGCAACUGGGUUGGGAGUUGGCUUCAUCAGUCGUUAUACGACUAUGCUAUUGCCUUAUAUGUCUUACCAAAUAUUUUGGCUGCUGUGUUUUUCUUACUUCCACCUCUGCGGAGAAUCAUGGAGCGAUCAAACAUGCGGAUUGUCACAUUUAUCAUGUGGUGGGCUCAGCCAAAAUUGUAUGUUGGCAGAGGCAUGCAUGAAGAAAUGUUUGCACUUUUCAAGUAUACAUUCUUUUGGGUCAUGCUGUUACUUAGCAAGCUCGCCUUCAGCUAUUAUGUGGAGAUAUUACCUCUUGUCAACCCAACGAAGCUAAUAUGGGAUAUGCAUGUCGUAAAUUAUCAGUGGCACGAGUUCUUUCCAAAUGCCACUCAUAACAUUGGAGUAAUCAUAUCCAUAUGGGGUCCGAUUGUCUUGGUUUAUUUUAUGGAUACGCAAAUAUGGUAUGCCAUAUUCUCUACUCUAUUUGGUGGGAUUUAUGGAGCCUUCAGCCAUCUCGGGGAGAUACGGACACUUGGAAUGUUGCGGUCCAGAUUUAAAUUUGUUCCAAAUGCUUUUUGUACUAAACUUACUCCGUUACCUCUAGGUCAUGCAAAGAGAAGGCACCUGGACGAAACGGUGGACGAAAAGGACAUAGCAAGGUUCUCACAGAUGUGGAAUAAGUUCAUACUUACUAUGCGGGAUGAAGAUCUGAUCAGCGAUAGGGAUAGAGAUUUGCUACUUGUACCUUCGUCUUCUGGAGAUGUUUCUGUUGUGCAAUGGCCUCCUUUCUUGCUUGCUAGCAAGAUUCCAAUAGCAUUAGACAUGGCGAAAGAUUUCAAGGGAAAAGAGGACGUCGACUUAUUCAAGAAAAUUAAAAGUGAAUACUAUAUGCAUUACGCAGUGGUUGAGGCUUAUGAAACCGUGCGAGACAUAAUAUAUGGUCUUCUUCAAGAUGAAUCUGAUAAACGGAUUGUAAGGGAGAUUUGCUAUGAAGUAGAUAUUAGCAUCCAACAACACAGAUUUUUGAGUGAAUUCCGGAUGACUGGUAUGCCUUUGCUCAGUGACAAGCUAGAGAAAUUCUUAAAAAUCCUGCUAAGUGAUUAUGAUGAAGAUGAAACUUACAAGUCUCAGAUAAUCAAUGUUCUCCAGGAUAUUAUUGAAAUCAUCACGCAGGAUGUUAUGGUUAAUGGUCACGAAAUCCUUGAAAGGGCUCAUUUACAGAGUGGUGGUAUUGAAAGCGACAAAAAAGAACAAAGGUUUGAAAAGAUAGAUCUUCGUUUGACUCAGAACAUAUCUUGGAGGGAAAAGGUUGUAAGACUUUUGUUACUUGUGACUGUUAAAGAAUCCGCAAUAAAUAUCCCUCAAAGUUUGGAAGCUCGUCGUCGUAUGACAUUCUUUGCAAAUUCCUUAUUCAUGAAUAUGCCAGAUGCUCCCCGAGUUCGUGACAUGUUAUCCUUUAGUGUCUUAACUCCUUACUACAAAGAGGAUGUUCUCUACUCGGAGGACGAACUGAACAAGGAAAACGAAGAUGGAAUAACUAUUUUGUUUUACCUCCAGAGGAUAUAUCCGGAGGAAUGGUCAAAUUAUUGUGAACGUAUAAAUGAUGUGAAACGGAAUUUAUCUGAGAAAGACAAGGCAGAGCAACUCCGCCAAUGGGUAUCUUAUAGAGGUCAGACCCUUUCAAGGACAGUUAGGGGAAUGAUGUACUACAGAGUGGCUCUCGAACUUCAGUGUUUCCAGGAAUACACUGGAGAAAAUGCUACCAAUGGUGGCUAUCUUCCCUCAGAAUCAAAUGAAGAUGAUCAAAAGGCUUUUAGUGACCGUGCACGAGCUCUUGCAGAUUUAAAAUUCACAUAUGUCGUGUCAUGUCAGGUCUAUGGGAACCAGAAAAAGUCAAGUGAAAGCCGGGACCGGAGUUGUUACAAUAAUAUUUUACAGCUCAUGCUAAAGUAUCCGUCCUUGCGUGUUGCCUAUAUAGAUGAAAGGGAGGAGACAGUUAAUGGAAAAUCACAGAAAGUAUUCUACUCUGUGUUGCUCAAAGGAUGUGACAAAUUAGAUGAGGAAAUAUAUCGUAUCAAACUUCCCGGCCCUCCCACUGAAAUUGGCGAAGGAAAACCGGAGAAUCAAAACCAUGCCAUCAUUUUCACUCGCGGCGAAGCACUCCAGACCAUAGACAUGAAUCAGGACAACUACUUUGAAGAGUCUUUCAAAAUGAGAAAUGUACUACAGGAAUUUGAUGAAGGUCGACGUGGCAAGAGAAAUCCUACAAUUUUGGGUAUUCGUGAACACAUAUUUACUGGAAGUGUUUCAUCCCUAGCUUGGUUCAUGUCGAAUCAAGAAACAAGUUUUGUAACCAUUGGUCAACGUGUUCUAGCAAAUCCUCUGAGGGUGCGUUUCCAUUACGGCCAUCCUGAUAUAUUUGAUAGAAUCUUCCACAUCACGAGGGGAGGCAUUAGCAAGGCUUCAAAGAUAAUAAACUUAAGCGAAGAUAUCUUUGCAGGGUACAAUUCAACUCUUCGUGGGGGUUACAUCACACAUCACGAGUAUAUUCAAGCAGGGAAAGGGCGUGAUGUAGGGAUGAAUCAGAUUUCGUUUUUUGAAGCCAAAGUUGCGAAUGGCAAUGGAGAACAAACACUUAGUCGUGACGUUUACCGACUUGGACGCCGGUUUGAUUUUUACAGGAUGCUCUCAUUCUACUUCACCACAGUUGGUUUCUAUUUCAGUAGCAUGAUAACGGUGCUCACAGUAUAUGUGUUCCUCUAUGGGCGUCUUUAUCUGGUAUUGAGCGGAUUGGAAAAGGAGAUCAUGCAAAGUGCAACUGUACAUCAGUCCAAAGCCCUCGAGGAGGCAUUAGCAGCCCAAUCUGUUUUUCAGCUAGGUUUUUUGAUGGUUCUACCAAUGGUUAUGGAAAUUGGCCUAGAAAAAGGGUUCCGAACAGCCUUGGGUGAUUUCAUUAUAAUGCAGCUUCAGCUUGCCUCUGUUUUCUUCACGUUUCAGCUGGGAACAAAAGCGCAUUACUUUGGAAGGACGAUUUUGCAUGGAGGCUCUAAGUACCGAGCAACUGGUCGAGGGUUUGUUGUUUUCCAUGCUAAAUUUGCGGAAAACUACAGACUAUACUCGCGAAGCCACUUUGUUAAGGGACUGGAGUUGGUCAUACUACUAAUUGUGUAUCAAGUUUAUGGAAGUUCAUACCGUAGCUCAAGUCUUUACAUUUACAUCACAUUUUCAAUGUGGUUCCUGGUGACUUCUUGGUUGUUUGCGCCAUUUAUAUUCAACCCAUCUGGGUUUGAGUGGCAAAAGACGGUGGACGAUUGGACUGACUGGAAACGAUGGAUGGGAAACCGCGGUGGAAUUGGAAUAGUUCUUGACAAAAGUUGGGAAUCAUGGUGGGAUACAGAGCAAGAACACCUCAAGCACACAAAUUUAAGAGGAAGGGUUCUCGAGAUACUACUCGCACUGCGUUUCCUCCUUUACCAGUAUGGAAUUGUCUACCAUCUCAACAUCGCUCACCGGCACACAACAUUUCUGGUUUAUGGACUCUCUUGGGCUGUCUUGCUGGCAGUUCUUCUUGUGUUAAAGAUGGUAUCAAUGGGUAGACGGAAAUUUGGUACAGAUUUUCAGGUUAUGUUCAGGAUUCUCAAGGCGCUUCUCUUCCUUGGUUUCUUGUCAGUCAUGACUGUAUUAUUUGUAGUUUGCGGCCUCACGAUCGCAGAUCUCUUUGCUUCCAUCCUCGCUUUCUUGCCUACUGGUUGGGCUCUUCUUCUUAUCGGGCAAGCGCUGCGUAGCGUGUUCAAAGGAUUAGGAUUCUGGGACUCGGUUAAAGAGCUAGGGAGAGCUUACGAGUACAUAAUGGGGCUUCUGAUAUUCACACCCAUUGCGGUCUUGUCGUGGUUCCCAUUUGUGUCUGAGUUCCAGACCAGAUUGUUGUUUAAUCAAGCCUUCAGUCGCGGUCUGCAGAUCUCUAUGAUUCUUGCCGGGAAGAAAGACAAAGAGACACCUUCCACCAAGUAGUGGCUCGCUCUAUUCUUCUACUUCUCCAUUUUUUCUUUCAUCUCCAUUCUUUUUCAUCUGUUAUUGCUGUAUAAUUAAUUGUCUUUGAGAUCAUAGAAAAAAAUGUUUAGACCACCUGAGAUAAGACCUCAUCAUACUCAUAGAAAAUGUUGUUGUUCAGCCUAGGCCAUUUGUUCAAGUAGGUGUAUAAACAAUUCCUUUGGACAUAUAAACAUGAUUCAAAAAGCUUUUAACCA